AAUGGCCGAAUUGGCAGAGCCUGUCGUGUCUUUUAUCUUAGAAAGGCUCAGUAAUCUAUUGAUUGAGGAAGGCAAGUUUCUACGUGGAGUGAGCGAUCAAGCUGAGCAACUUCAGACAGAGUUGAAGCUGAUGCAAGCCCUGUUAAAAGAUGCUGAUGCAAAGCAACAUGAUGAUGCUGUAAUUCGUGAGUGGAUUUCACAAAGCAAAGAUCUCGCAUAUGAAGCAGAAGACUUGAUCGAAACAUUUGCAUUCAAAGUUGGAUCCAGAAGGAGAGGUGGUGUUGUAAAUGUCCUUAAACGAUACACUUGCAUCUUCAAAGAGUGCUACAUGAGGCACAGAGUUGGAGUAGAUAUUCAGGGCCUCAACACUCGAGUCGCUAAACUCACUAAACGUUUUCGAGAUUAUGGGAUAAGAACAAUAAUGGAGAAGGAAGGUCCAAGUUCGAGGCAACUACAAUCGAUCAGGAGGACUUAUUCCCAUGUUGAGGAGGACGAUUUUGUUGGCUUGGAAAGCGAUGUCAAAAUGCUGGUUCAGAACCUGGUAAGUGAAAAUGGGACAAGCCACUAUAGAGUUGUUUCUCUUUGUGGGAUGGGGGGUCUGGGGAAGACAACUAUUGCCAGGAAAGUGUAUAACCACCCAAAUGUGAGGCGUCAUUUUGAUAGCUUUGCCUGGCUUUGCAUAUCGCAACAAUGGCAAACAAAAGAGAUUUUGCAAGGGAUCUUGGUUAAACUUAUUCCUGAAACGAAAGAGGAGAUUGUGAGAUCCUGGAAUGAUGACAAACUGGUCAGGCAACUUUACAACAUCCAGCAGAAUAAAAGAUGCCUGAUUGUUCUUGAUGACAUAUGGUCCACUGAUGCUUGGGAAUGCAUAAAAAAUGCCUUCCCAACUAGAGAGAAGGGAAGCAAAAUAUUGGUUACCACUCGUAAUCAAAAUGUGGCGACACACAUAGGUCCUAAUGGUUUUCACCAUGAGCCUCGACUUUUGUCCAAUGAUGAGAGCUGGGAACUGCUUCGAAAGAAAGCAUUAAGAGAAAGAUAUAAUCAUGGUCAUGAAGAUAUCGUCAAAUUAGAAGAGUUAGGGAUGGAAAUGGUUAAACAUUGUGGCGGUCUUCCACUGGCUGUAGUUGUUCUUGGUGGAAUUCUUUCAACAAAGCACCAUUUUUCGGAGUGGGAAUUUGUAUACCAGCAUAUUAAGUUUUAUCUUGGUAGGGGUGAGAGGAUUGGGCAAAGAGAAGGAGAAAUACAAAGAAUAUUAGCUUUGAGCUAUUAUGACUUGCCAUACCAAUUGAAGCCCUGUUUCCUUUACCUUGGCAUAUACCCUGAAGAUCAUGGCAUCAGAACCGAUAGUCUGUAUCAGAUAUGGAUGGCUGAGGGAAUGGUAUCCAAAGAAGAUCAAAUAGAAGGAGAAUCAAUGAUGGACGUUGCAGAACGUUAUUUAGGGGAAUUUGUGAAACGGUGCAUGGUCCAAGUGAAGUUAAAGGACGAACCUGGGUACAGAAAAUUUAAGUCUUGUCGCCUUCAUGACCUUAUGAGAGAUCUAUGCUUGGCCAAGGGAAGAGAUGAAAAUUUUUUGAAGGUUAAUGAUUAUCGUCACAAUGAUAAUCUAGAGUUAAUAGAAUCAACAUCUUCUGGAAGUAAAUCUGAUAGGCUUGUGAUUUCUUUGAGCAGUGUUGAAAUCCCGAAGUAUGUUCCCCACAAGAAAAAAACAAUCAGGCAUGUCCGAUCACUUACAUUUUGCAUAAGGGACCAUCCUUACUAUCAUCGAUUGGCAAGGACAAGGUUUAGUAACUUCAGGAAGUUAAGAGUAUUGAAUAUUGAACGCCUACGUCCUUAUAGUGUAGAUAGCUGCAAGGAUGUCACUAGCAUGCUUUUUGAUUUUUUCAAAUUACCAAUAGGGGGCCAUAUCCACUUGCGAUACCUAAGUCUGAGAAAUUCGGAUGCUAUUAUUCUUCAAUCAUCUAUAGGAAAAUUGGACCACCUGGAAACCCUUGAUCUCCAUGGUUUUCACGUAUUUUGGAUUGCCAAUGUUCUGUGGAAGUUGAGACGACUAAGACAUCUAUAUCUUCCCAAUCCUGCAGAAUCGGCGUUUCUAAAUCGCAAGUGGAAGUUACGUUUGGCGGGUUUGAUUAAACUGGAGAUAUUGGAGAACUUUAGUGCAUCUAAUUGUGAUGUUAGAGACUUGCAACAAUUAACUAGUCUUCAGGUGCUAAAAGCAAUUGUUAAUGACGAGAAUGAUGGUGAAGAAAUCAUGAAGUGUAUCUCAAGUUUACAGCACUUGAAGGAGGCAACCGUCAUAUUUAUCCUGCAUCGUUCUCUCACCCCAGAAAAAAGCUCAAAUCUUUUAGAAAAGUUGUUUGAAAGCAAUCUCCAUCAUCUGACUCUUCAUGGUUGCAGAGGCGUCUUGCCUGAUUACAAACUCCACUUCUUUAAAAACCUCAAUGAACUGUUGCUUCGUCGCUCAAGUAUCCAAAGAGACCCAAUGGCAACACUAGAAAAGCUACCCAAUUUGCAAAAGCUCUGGCUGAUUGAUGUAUCCUUCGGUACAGAGAUGGCUUGUCAUUCGUUGGGAUUUCCUCGACUGAGGUUUCUUGGGCUAGAUGUUAUGCACAGGUUAGAAGAUUGGAGGGUGGAGGAAGGUGCCAUGCCGAACCUUUCUCAUCUUAGAAUCAGAAAAUGCAGGGCGUUGAAAAUGAUUCCUGAUGGUCUGAAGUUUAUUUCAACAUUGAAAGAAAUUGUAAUUCAGGGAAUGCGAGACACAUUCAACAACAGGGUUCGAGUUAUAGAUGGUCAAGAAGGAGGGGAUUUCUACAAAGUAUGCCAUGUGCCGUCCAUUUUGAUAAGAAGGGGAAAAUGAAAUCAAGUGUGUGAAUAAAGUUGGAUGUUUUCUGCAGCAUUUCUUUUCAGUGUUACUAGCACCAAUGGGCCAUUUCCAGAGAUUGACUGGCUGUGUAGCUCUGCAAUAUUGCUCCAGCAUUCUUGAAUUCUUUUUCUCAAAAUACAGUGACCAAUUUUCGUUUCCUUUGUUUUUCUCUGUCAUUCCCUCAAAUUCUUCAUUUACAAGUGACAAUCUCCACCAGUUUGCUAAUUUCUGAGAUCCAUCACACUUUCUUGCAAGUUGCUGAUAACUUCUUAAAGGACAACAAAAUAGUCAUUUAUUUUGAGCCCUCACCAGUGAAAUUACUACUUUGGUUGAAUCAUGCUAAGCUGUCUGAGCAUUAUUAUUCUUCUGAAAAACAUACGAGACCUUCAAAUCCGUGCUAUUUCUUCAAGCCAAUCUUAGAGGAUCGCAGCAAAAUGUGGAAGUAAUCCAGAUUGCAAGAAUUUCGUGGGAAAGCUUUUUGAUCCAUCCUCCCGUGUCUUUCUCUCAAAUGCUGUAUACUUUUGAUACACAUUAUAUAGUUUUCUUUCAGAGCAUGAUCUUUAAUAGUCUCAAGAAUU